AUCACUCACCGUGUUCAUUCAUAACUGAACCAUACUAGACUGUGGGUUUUUUUUUGGGGGGGAUCCGUCAGGUUGGCUGCAUGGGGCCCCUCACUUUUGUCUUUUUAGAGUGUUAUUGCAGAAUGGUUAGGAGCAGGGGCGGACUGACCAUUUGGAAACUCGGGCGCUGCCCGAGGACCCGGGUCAGUAGGGGGCCCCAUGAGAUGCCCCUGGUACCUUUUUCAUAGGCUUUUUUGAGUUUGGGCAAGGACACAGGGGCCCCAUGAUCCCCUAUUGCCCAGGGGCCCCAUGA